UUUUUAUCUCAAAAUUCGGACUCCAGAAUUCGCCAAUCCCUAUAAACUAUUUCUUGAUCUAAAGCUUAUGGUAUGUUCUUCCGGCCAAACAGGUAUUGCAGAACCACAUUCAUAUACACUCAACAACGCCUUUCUUACGAAGGUUAAAGGUUGAAUAUCACUUAGUUCUUGAACUUAGUUAACUUGGUGAAGGUAGCGAUUGACCAAGUUAUUCAAGCGCUCGGUAAAGCCUUUAUUUGAGGGUUAUAAGGCUGUUUUUUGCGUGGUUUUUUUUAUUAUGGUGUUGUAGGUCCUUGACCGCGGUAAACUAUAGGUGUGCGCGCAGUGUACCGCGCGACAGGUGCGCGGGAGCACGCACUUUCCGUUUUGUUACGUUUCGUUUUACGUCAGUAGUUUCGUUGUGUCAGUUUUGUUACGGGAAAGUGUGUUUGUUCGGUUACAAGUGAUCCUGUGACAAGAUUAUGUGUGUCUAGUUGAAAUCAGAUUAUAAUUAAAAAUCUUGAGAUUAGUGUGUGUGCGUCAAACUUGUUUGAUGUGUGUUGUUUCUUGUUGGAUUUAAGUGACAUGGGAUUUUGAUUGGAUUACUUAAUUGCAGCCCGAAGAUGUCCGCCGCGGGGGUGGUAAACAAGGCCUUUGACGCAGGCGACGAUGGCUUUCAAACCAUCGACCUGCGACCGCGCCGAGAGGACGCACAGGCUACAAUGCGUGAAUCAGAACCCGAACCCGAACGGCAGACAGAAUCCGGGCCCGAGCUGCGGUGCGGCUGGGGUGCGCUGCGACCGUGCUGGCUGCAGCGGUUCAGGACCGCCAAAUGGGCGCUUUUCUGGCUCUGCUGGGCCGGCGCUGUCCAGGGUAUGGUGGUGAAUGGGUUCGUGAACGUGGUGAUCACGACGAUUGAGAAGAGGUUUGGACUGAGGUCUAUGCAGACGGGAGUUAUAGCUGGAGGAUAUGACAUGGCAUCCUUCAUCUGCCUGGCCCCAGUCACUUACCUGGGCGGGCGGCAGGGCGCCUCGAAGCCCCGCUGGCUGGGCUGGGGUGCCCUCAUUAUGGGCGCGGGCUCGCUCAUGUUCGCCCUACCACACUUCCUGGUGCCGCCCUACAGGGCCGCGCACAGGGAGCAACUGGACGUCUGCCAUGGGAACAGUACCGUGUCGUCCUACCUCUGCGAGGAAAACGGGCCAACUGAAGGUGGCUCCUGGGCGGUGGCCAUCUUCGUUCUGGCUCAACUGCUGCACGGCGCUGGUGCCACGCCACUCUUCACUCUAGGAGUAACUUACAUUGAUGAGAACGUUUCGAAGAAGAUGUCAUCGGUGUAUCUUGGUGUGUACUACACAAUGGCGGUGGUGGGCCCAGCGCUGGGCUACGUUGUGGGUGGACAGAUGCUCAAGAUCUAUACGGAUUUCGUUACUGUGGACUCGGAAGCUCUCGGCAUAACUCCAGUGAGCUCCGUGUGGAUCGGCGCGUGGUGGAUCGGGUUUCUGUUAUCAGCUCUUCUCUGCCUCAUAGUGGCAGUUCCACUGCUGGCUUUCCCCUACGAGCUCCCAGGUGCUGAAGAAAUCCGGAACUCCAAAGUUUCCGAAGCCCACGACUCAGCCUCCAAAUCCGCCGCCUUCAGCUCUCUCCGAGAAUUGCCCAGAGCGGCUACAGCGCUGCUUCGGAACCCUACGUUCCUGUUCCUGAACCUGGCUGGCGCUAGCGAGGGCAUGCUAAUAUCAGGCUUCGCCGCGUUCCUGCCCAAGCUGAUUGAGAACCAGUUCGCGGUUAGCGCGUCGGAGGCUGCUCUGUUGUUAGGUGUCAUCACAGUCCCUGCGGGCGGAGGUGGGACAUUCCUCGGAGGCUGGCUGGUCAAACGCUGGAACCUCGCCUGUGCCGGCAUCAUCAAGUUAUGCGUGGCUGCAACGUUGGUCGCUGCUGCCUUCACGUUUAGCUUUGUGCUGACGUGUGACGAUUAUCCCUUUGCUGGCGUCACUGUGGGAUAUAACUCUCCUAGUGUGGCUGGCUCCGACCGAUUGUCAGCGGCCUGCAACACCAACUGCGGGUGCUCCGGCGCGGCGUUCGCGCCCGUCUGCGGCGCCGACGGCCUCGUCUACUACUCGCCCUGCCACGCCGGCUGCACCCAGGGAGUGCUGGCCGGGGCUGCUCAGCUAUACAGUGAUUGUGCUUGUAUUGGCAAUGGAACCUCGCUCUACAGUGUUCCAGAUUCGAACGUGUCAGUCCCGUACGAAGCCAUCAACAGUAUCUGUAGCUCGUCCUGCCCUUAUCUGUGGCUGUUCGUGUUCCUCUCCUUCUGUGUCAUGCUGUUCACGUUCAUAGCUACCAUGCCUGCUCUUUCUGCCACCCUGAGAUGCGUACGCGAAGACCAGCGUUCAUUCGCCCUCGGCAUCCAAUGGAUCAAGGUCCGUCUGCUCGGCACCAUCCCAGCUCCACUACUCUUCGGAUUCCUCAUCGACCUGUCGUGUUCGUUGUGGGCGCGGACCUGCGACCGCUCUGGGGCUUGCUUGCUUUAUGACAACUACAACAUGAGCAGGUACAUGCUAGCCCUAGCCCUCCUAGGCAAGCUCUGUUCUCUUCUCUUCUUCUUCCUAGCCUGGUGGUUCUACAGACCGCCCGGCGGCAAGACCGGCAACGCCGUCGUACCUUCAGUAGACCUUGUGGUCUGCGCCGAGAAGACCAACGGUAAUGUUGCCAACGGGGAUAAAGUGGGCAACGGGUAUUGUAACGCGGCGUUAGAGUGUAGUGAGCAUUUGUAAGACUAUUUGGUAAAGGACUUUUUUUAAGUAGUCUGGCCUGGUAAGUGGUAAUGGAUGUUAAGAUAUUCUGAUUUUGGCACCCCUUUAUACGGAUAGCCUUAGUGCUAUUUUAUACUGAAUUUACAUGCUUGUACUGAAUUUAUAUGAGUAAUGAAGGAAUCAUCAUACUUUUGUCGAAACCCAUAAAAUACCAGUAAACUUUGCUCGAAAUAUUGAACAUACCAAUGAAUGUUAUCUUCGAGGGGUUGUUAGAUUUAGAUUUGCCUUGGCAAACAAGCUACAUUUAUUACCUAAAAAUACCUAAUACUUAGGUAUCCAGUAUUUUAUAUUUAGGUAAGCAGGUGAAUGGUAAUUUUACCCAUUUCUGAAAUCUUUUUGUUUCAAGUAGCUUUGCUCGGAAGUCGGUAUAAUUAGUCAAUUUUAUCGAUAAGUGCUAUAUACCUAUUUAUUGUUAAAAAGUUUUUGAUAACUUGGUACCAAUUGUACCAAUAAUUAUUACCAUAAGGUCCAUACCUAAAUACCAGUCGCAAAUUGAAUUAUUCCGAUUAUUCGUUAGUACCCUCUAGACAUUUCAGAAAGAUGUGGGUAGUUUUAAAAGAAUUAGAAUAAAUCAAUUAAGCAAGUAAAUUACGCACAUGGAAAACAUCCACAUUUUGAUUUAUUAAGACAGAUGUUUCGGUUUUGUUUUGCCAUUUUUACUGUUAUUUAGAACUACCCUCGAUUUUCCCGAGAUAUAUUAACGAAUGUACAUUAUUAAUGAUUCCAAAUAUUCCUAGGUACCUCCUGACUUGUCAGUACGGUAUCAAUUCAGUACGUAUUAGUAUUCCAUGAUUGCGUAAUCAGACUGAUCAGCUUCCCCGUCAAUCAGGUUUUCAGGUGGCAGUAAUGUUACACCGAUUUCUUACUGCCAAGUCAGGAAAGGGCCUUUAGUUAAGGCAAAAAUUCAUUCAUUGUGUUGUAAGUAUAUAAUCUAAGACAAAUGCCUCGAAUUUGACAGUGUUGGUGGCGUUGUUCGGUCUGUGUCUGUAGGGGGCAGCACAAGAGCCCAUCCUAAAUGUCAAGCUAAAGCUACUAGUUUACGCCACAAGAUGGCAGAACCUACGUGCGUUGCGUGUGUCAAUGUCAAAGUUUAUGUUUCCGAUUUAGGCCACAAGAUCUUCUUCAAGUAUCAAACUCAGAGGCACGAUUUUUUCGUAGAGUCAUGUUUACGUUUGCACCUACUUACAAUGAAUGAAUAUUUGGAUAAGGCCUGUUGUAAUUGUAAAGUAUCUGUGAUGUGUAGUUUUAACAAUAUUUAUGUGAACGUUCAUAUUACUUUAGGGUUUUAAAAGUUGUAUUAUAUUUGAUUAUUAAUUAAGCGUGUGUAAUUUUAUAAAAAUAUUAAUUAACACGUAAAGUGUUUUACAAGAGUUAAUAGAUAAUCGAACUUGGUUAGCCGUGUGUAGGUGUAUAUUAAAAUAUUAGUUCAUGAAAUCUACCGCAAAAUUUGUCUGUCUGUGUUGCUGUGUCUGUCGGUCUGAGAGCAAUGAGCGAUUUUUUUCAACACGGGAUUCCCGAGACACAACAUGAACUACAACCGAGUUAAUUUAUCUAUUAUUUUUCUUUGAUCGCCAAGAACGCAUUUAAACACCCGCACAAAAAACGCCAUGACGCGUAUGCACGUCAAGAAUUAACGGAUAAAUUCUGUUAUAAUGCAAAUAUGUUUAUGUAAUUUUAUAUUAUUAUUCUAGUCCUUAUCUAUUACUAAGUUCUGAUUUUAAAUAGAUUUUUAAUCGAGCAUAAUAAUUAUAUCCUACCUUUUUAUUAAUUUCGGCGGUUUGCGACUGUGGUGUUAAAGCAAUUUCUUGGAGAACGGGCCUGGCAAUCAAAGGAUUAAUGUAAAACACAUAAUAAUCCAAAUUUUGCUGCACUAAGCAAAAAAAUUAAACUUAAAUACCUACUAGACUAGAAAAGUACAAUGUGUAACGGCACAAUUUUAAUAUAUUUAAUCGGAUUUUUAUAUAUUUAUUUGGUCACUUAUUAUAAAUGUUUAUUGUUAUUUUACGAUAUAAUUGUACUAUGAGCAUAUAACAUUGCACCGUCAUAGCAUUUAUAGUAUAAUUCGUUUAACAUCUUCACAAUUCACAUUAUUAUGCAAUAGUUAUUUACGAUACAAGUGCAGAAAAGAGAAAAUUCGAAACGAGUGGCGAUAAAUUAAAUUAAAACACGACCGAAGGGAGUGUUAUAAAUCGACACGAGUUUGCGAAUUACCUAUUCGCACGUGUAUCGUACAACGUUUUACAGUACAUAUGGCCCUUUAAACUUUUGACAUACGCACGGAAAGUAGGACCAUAUGUACCUACUGUAAAUAUAGUUUCUAACAGUGAAUUAAGAGAUCUAUUAGGCAAGAAGUGUAGUUCUAGUUAAUAUAAAAUAUUGCCGUAUUUAAGGCCACUAUUAUAGGAUAGGUAUAGGUAUCAAAAGCAUAC